UUUCUUCAAUUAAGAGAGAGAGAGAGAAGAGAGAGAAACAAACACCCACGCAGAUAAGUUCGUUUGGUUUAAUCUCUCUAUCAAAAGAAUUCUUCUCCCCUUCAAAUUCGUCGCCACCUUUUUCUUUUUCUUUUUCUUUUUCUUUUUAUAUAUAUAUAUAUAAACAGGUUUUCUUCUGAGGGUCUGAAGAUCACAAAUUUUCAGCAUCCUCGGAUUAAAUACUCUGUUUUGAAUUCUCAUUAUUCAAUAAUUAAGAGAGAGGAGAGAGAAAAUCAUGGACGGCGCCGCCGUGUUUCUCAGGCAACCAAUUGGCCUUUCGUCUUCCGGCUACUCCGCCGCCGCUGCUCCUCCGCCAUCCUCGAAAACUUCAUCGGCGUUUGUUGCUAUGCGGCGAGGUGAAAUCCUGUCGUCUGGGUUUUGCGAUCAGGGGCAUUUGCAGUAUUAUUACAACAGCUGUAAUAAUGUGGGCCCCACUUCUUCAUCUUCUUCUUCGUCUAGAAUGAGUGUGAAGCAAGAGAAAGAGAAGUCAGCGAAGAAGAUGAAGAAGAAGCAGUUGAAAUUGCUGAAAGGGCUUUCUCGGGAUUUAUCAAACUUUUCUCAGAUUGGAUUCGGAUUGGAUUCAGAUGGGUUGAUUGAUCAGGUCAAAGGCAAAACUCUCUCGGAAGCAGCAGAGCUUUUAAUGGUGGAGCUUCAGAAAAUUAAGGCAAAUAAAAAAGAACUAAAGAGAAAAGCAAAAGAAGAAAAAGCAAGGCUAAAAGCUUCCCAAAUCAAAAACAAUUUCGUCGACUGCGAAAUGUCGUCUUCGUCCUCCUCAUCGGAAUCGUCAAGUAGCGACGGCGAAUGCGGAGAAGUCGUAAACAUGAAAACCCUCAAAAGUGCACAGUCAAAACAAGACAGCCCACAACAAGUCAUCGAGGAGCCAACUCCAACUCCGAUUACACAAACCGUUGCUCCGUUAGUCGCUCCGUUAGACGCCAUUGUCGCAGAAGCAAUCGGGGUUUCAGUCGAAGAGAGAGAAAGUAGCUCUGUUGUUUCAGUCGAAGAGGGAGAAAGUAGCUCGGUUUUAGCGGCGAGUUCGAAGAAGAUAGAGGUUUGUUUGGGUGGGAAAUGCAAGAAAUCGGGCGGGGCUGCAUUGCUGGAGAAGUUUCAGAGUACUGUGGGGAUUGAAGGUGCAGUUACAGGGUGCAAGUGUAUGGGGAAGUGCAGAGAGGGUCCAGUUGUGAAGGUGUGUGGUGCAGGUGUAGCUGAUAAUAACUCUGCUGUGAAGGUUGCUGCAGCCGCUAAUUCGUUGUGUAUGGGUGUCGGUUUGGAGGAUGUUGAUAUGAUUGUUGCUAAUCUUCUUGGCCAAAGUGCUAAUCAUCUUGGUUUAGUUGGUGCUUCUUAGGAUUAGUGUGUAUAAUUCUUUUACUAGGGUUUGUUGCUAUUGUAAAUCGAAAUACAAGUUGUCGAAUGCAAUAAUCUUUUCUUUUUAAGGGGUCGUUAAUGCUG